AUGGCAGACAAGAGUUUGGAAGACCUCGACCCCUUCACCUGCCCCAUCUGCCUGGAUGCCCUAAAAGACCCUGUGACGAUUCCCUGCGGACACAACUACUGCAUGAGCUGCAUUAAACACUACUGGGAGAAAAACGGCAGCAGAGACACGGGUUACACCUGUCCCGAGUGCAGAAAAACCUUCUCACCUCGACCUACGCUCAACAAAAACACCAUGUUCGCAGAAGUGGUGGAGCGCUUCAAAAACACGGGCCUUCAGGACACUUCACCUGCACGCUAUAUGACACCUGUACACACGGAGAGACAAAACUGCACUUCACAAAACCCCAAAGAUUCAAGGAUACUCCCAGAAAUGGACAAGACUCACCUGAGGUAUGACAGUCCCAGAGAAAAGCACACGGUUAUUGUUGUUGCCGGAGAGCCCAAAGGAAAUAUUUGUUCACGCCACAGAACAGCUCCUGGUGUUUGUUCUCAGUUCUGUGCGUCUUGUUUUGAUGAAGCCUGGCGGGAAAAUAAAGCGUUUUCGGCGGCACCUCAGAUGACACAAAAGCUGGAGAGCAGGACGACUCUUGUCAAACACGAGCACAGGAGUAGAGAUAAAACUACUGGACGCGACAGGAAAACAUCCAAAAAGAGGGUUCAUGCAAGUGGACACAGGAGUGGACAUACUCGAGGUGCUAGAAAAGGGCGCGAAAGUCAUCGGCGUAAAAGAAGUGGACACAGAAGGGGCUCUCAUGAACACAAACAUCAUGCUGGACACAGAAAGAGGAGACUGGGAGUAUUGGUCAUGGCAGGGAAUGGCACUCAGAGAACCAUUCUGGAUAAAAUUGGAUUGUAG